AUGCGAUCCUUUGCUACUCUCCUUGCCUUCAUGGUAAUGGCCAUGGCUCUCACCUUCUGCAAUGCUGCACCUCAUACCAAGCCAUCUCACGACGUCUCCCGCAAUGUGGGAGACUUGAUCGAUACCAACAUCAUUGCCGACGACCCUACCACCAACGGCACGGAUGACACCAACACCCAAAACAUGUGCUACGAUUGGGACUCGAGCGAGAAGUGGAAGGACGUUGGUGGGCAGCACUCUGAGUUCGUCAACCAGUCCGUCUACGAUCUUUGUCAGCUGAUCGCCAUUGAAGCCUACAAGGGCUUCCCAUCUGGCAACACCCUUGCGCACUGUAAGGAGGUCCGCCACGGAAGUCAUGGGAGGGAUUACGACCGCAGCAUCGGCAUAGCUCUCAGGUACCUGGGUCCCCAGCUGCAGUACAACCACAUCUCUGCGGGAUACUGCAACGAUCGCAUGGCGCAGCCGAUGGCGUGCGGUGCGGGUGGAGAGUUUGACGUACGGGUCUACAACCCAAACCUGCCCAAACCCUGGGUCUCUGAUCGGUGGGCAGUCAAGGCAGAUCCAAAUCGGGGCGACUGCCGGUCCAACGGAUACAACAGCGAUUUGUAA